AAAUCUUUCUGCGUUUGCGACGGAUCGCUGGCUGCCUUGGAGGUAGGUUUGACUCGGCGGUGGUAGGUUUGUGUGCGUGACCAGCGAUCGCCCCCGCGCAUGGCGAGGGAUCUAAUCGGGCCGGCACUGCCGCCGGGCUUCAAGGCCCUGGGGACAGCGGACGACAAGGAGCGGGACCCCAGCCCCGUUGCAGGGCCAGCUCUACCCCCGAAUUAUAAAAGCAGUAGUUCAGAGUCACCAGACAGUGACGAGGACAGCAGUUCUCUGUGUGAAGAACGAGAUCAAGAAUCUGAAGACAACGACGCUGGCCCAACUGCAAGAAAACAGAGGAGAAAUCAAGACGACGAUGAUGAUGAUGAAGGGUUCUUUGGACCAGCCCUUCCUCCUGGAUUUAAAAAGCAGGAUGAUUCUCCUCCAAGGCCUAUCAUAGGUCCUGCAUUACCACCUGGUUUUAUGAAAUCUACACAGAAAAGUGACAAAGGCAGAGAUGUUCCAGGACAACAAGCAUCAUCGUGUCUCAGCUCUGAGGAGACAGAUAGCAGUGAAGAUGAGGCCAUCGUCGGACCGAUGCCCGCAGAAGGACCCGUGAGCUACAGUGUGACGACAGAGUUUGAAAAACGGGCCCAGAGAAUGAAAGAAAAACUGACAAAAGGAGAUGACGAUUCAUCCAAACCGAUCGCAAGGGAGUCGUGGAUGACCGAGCUUCCUCCAGAGUUGAAAGACUUUGGUCUUGGGCCCAGGACUUUUAAGAGAAGAGCCGACGACAGAUCUGGAGAUCGUUCGGUCUGGACAGAUACCCCAGCGGACAGGGAAAGGAAAGCUAAGGAGACACAAGAAGCAAGGAAGUCAUUCAGUAAGAAGGACGAAGAACAUAUAUUGUCAGGAAGGGAAAAGAGAUUGGCCGAGCAGGUAUCUUCAUACAAUGAAUCAAAAAGAUCAGAAUCUCUUAUGGACAUUCAUCACAAAAAAUUAAAGAAUAAGGCUGCUGAUGAGAAAAAUAAGCCCCAGGAAAGAACACCAUUUGACCGUGAUAAGGACCUCAAGGUUAAUCGGUUUGAUGAAGCUCAGAAAAAGGCCCUGAUAAAGAAAUCUAGAGAACUAAACAGCAGAUUUUCACAUGGCAAAGGCAGUAUGUUUUUAUAAGAGGAUUUCCCUGCGCAGUGAAGAAAAGCCGAAGAAUGUUCUUUCACCUGUCUGUCUACCUCUAUUCCUUUGUUUUGAGUUUCUUAAGAUUAGAGAUUACUUUAGUCUCAAAGACCAUACAAACUUACCUUGUUCUGUGUGUCCUUUAAAGUCACGUGGAAACAGAAAAUCAGUGUUUUUUGUGUAGAAUAGAAAUUUAUGUAUCUUUGGCUUCUGGGAAAGUGUGGGCUUUUCUUCAAAUAAUUAUUUUGAGGAUUUCCCACCCUCCCCACCCCCCAUUCCCACACCCUUAUUUUUGUGGUGUCUCACAAACACCAUCUCAGAUCUGGUCAGGACGGUCCGCUGAAUGUCAACCACAGCCCGGACUCAGAUAUUACUAACCUGCUAUGGAGUAAGUGUGUCGGGUCUCAGCAGUUAACCCAUGAAUUUGAAAUUUCUGGGUAUUCCCUCUAAACUCCAGCCAGUGAAUACGCAUUUACUUGAAAAUCGAAGGCAUGGAGGCAUUGACAUUUUUUAUUAACAGUUUGCUCGUUUAGGCAUUCGGGGCAUUUUAUUUGUUGUUUGGGUUUUUUGUUUUGUUUUUUGUCAGAAAGAGGGAUCUCUGUGUUAUCUCAUGUGCUGAGGGGAAACUGUUUCGUGGUUUUCAACUUUACUAUGUGUUUCUAAGAGAGGCCAUCUGGGGGGACGAGGUGCCGUUAACCUGUCAGCAGUGUGACGUCUAAGACUCGGCUCCGUGACCUCAACCAAAGCUUUCUGAGUCUUUAAACUUGCUUUACCCUGGUCUUACUCUACCGAUUUAUAUCAACAGAUACUAGCUAAUUUAUUGGGCACAGAUCUUUUAUAUCAAUCACGAAUAACCAUUUUUUAAAAAAUGAAACUGUAAUCAUAACCAUCCUAAUAAGAUCAUUAUAAGUUUGAAAUCAUAUAAGUACUGCCUCUUCAGAUGUUAAAUAGAAAGUUCUAAAUAGUUAAAGCCUAAAAUCAAAAUCUAGUAGUUUUAUUUUCUCGCAGAUUAAUACUAAUCGUCUGCUAGUUCUGUGUUCUAGUUUUGAUGAUGCCCAAGGUUUUAAUGGGAAAAGUUUCUGAUUCCCGGUUCAUUUAAGUUUUAUAAAAAAUCGUAUAAACUGUUCAGAUAGUGAUACAAAUUUUUCUCCUUCUAAUCAUAGCAGUACAAUGAUAUUUUCCAUAACAGGUGUAAACAGCAGCUUACUCAAGGAGCGUUGCUAUUAAAAAGAUGAAUUAUUCUCCUAAGAAAUUCAUGAAAAGGCUCUUGUCUAAGCGGAAUUGCACGGAGCUACCUUUUGACUAAAGAUGUCAUUUUCAGUGAGUGAUACUUUCUGAACACAAAACUUUAUGCAAGCACAUCCAUUGCUUUCAUUUAAUUUUGUUAUAAUUUUUUCCCCAGUGAAAGGAAGAAAUGUUUUCUAGUUCUUCACCCUUCUAUAAAUCCCUAACAUAUAUCUUUGGGAAAUUCGAUAUUUUUUAAAAUACCAGGGUCAUCUUUGGCUACUUAUUUUUGCUUUGCUUUCUUAAGAGGAGAAGGAUAUUUCUGCAUGACUUGCUUUUUCCUCCCUCACCCUCGCCGUGUCCAUGAACUUAGCAAAAGGGAGAAAAAGAAAAAAGCCUCUUCUUCUGCUUAAUAUUUCUGCAAGUUAUCACCUUGCAGCCUCGGAUAUAAUGCUUUUUCGUGCCACUCCGAGGCCAGUUCUGAUAGCGUAAGGCCAGACCAGAGAUUUUUUGCCCGUGGAGAGCCUAAACCCGUACAAAAACACUGGCAGGACAGGAACCAGAAUGGAUGGAAUGGCGCCCCUUUCACCCGUCUCCUCUUCCAGGCUGCGAAGACCCGAGUAAAUCAGGUCUCCUCUUCAUCCGGCAGAAAGUCGAGGUUCUUUUCCAAUGAGAACUUUUUAAUGUCCCGAACUUCUUAGCCAAGUUCUGUAGAACUGUGACCUCUUUUGAAACUUAAAAACGAAGUAAAAGAGCGACUCUUAAGUUCAGAAAGCGGAGCGGCCGCUUGAACGUUUUUUGCCGUUGAAGGCGACAUUUAAAUUCAUUGCACCUGAAAUCAUGUGACCUUGGCCACUUCUCUAAAUCGUCAUCUGAGAGAGAUUUAUACGCUCCAAAUUUACCACAUUCCUGGUAAAUAAAUGCUGGCUUUAGUAAGUGGGGGAAUUGGAAGGGGGAACAAAAGGGGAGAGAUGGUCGCUAAAUCCGUAGGAAGACUGCUUUAUCAGACAGAUCCUUUUGAUAUUGGGCAAAACAUCGUAAAUUCAGCCCUGCUCUCCAUAAAAGCCACAGUCUUACUAAGAGUGUUAAACCUUAUUUGGAUGUGGCAACCACUUGACUUUUAGUCGCUUGAACAUUUAAUGGUUCUUUGAAUUAACUGUGUUUUUUUUAGAAGUGAGGUUAAGAUUUACAAAGUAUUGAGGCUUACAUGCUCCAGAAGAGAUUAACGGUUAUUCUGUAAAUGAUUUGAUCCCAGAACGUUCUGGCACUUUUUGUUUCUCAUAUAGGGCAUAUAAUGUUAACAUUAUUCAUCAGAAAUGUAUGGUGAUGAGAAGCGGUUUUUAGACUAUUUACAAGGGCCCUUCUCACUUCUCUUUUCACUGUUUCCAUGGUAAUGGCGGGGAAAGCUUAGGUGUGUAACUCUGGUGAGUUCUACGCCCAGAGGAAGAGUUAACAUGGAGGGAAGUGGCUAGAGAUAGUGCCCAUGUAACGUCACAGCCGAAUCUUCUAUUUCAGAAUAUUAAUUUAUUUUACUUUGACUUGUGACACCAUCGUGUGAUUUCAGUGCAGUUACGAAAGGUCAUGCAUUUUCUAUUACAGGAGAGGUAUAUUUUUUGUGGCUUAAAAAAUUAACCGCGACUGUGGCAUGUGCAGAAUUCAAAAGCGAUACACUGCACUUGCAGACUUUUCAUUAUGAACUUGACAAUUAAAAGACUUUUUAGAAAAGAAGAAUUCCCUGAGCUGUCAUUUUUUUACGUAUAAAAUAAAGUUUCAUCUCUAUCUGAGAA